AUGGAACCCGCUUUCAAUAUACUAAAUAAACAGCAUCGGAAUUCAAGAGCGGACUUCCGCGGAGAUCAUAAGAAAUGGAGAGACAUAUCCUCCCAAACUAAAAAGAAGGAGGCUCAGUAUAGAAGAGAGCUAGGGAAAACCGGUGGCGGACCUGCUCCUUCCUCUGUUGUUGCUAUAAUAGGUAAAAUGUCAGUCGAAGGAAUCGAGGGUGUUUUAGACACAGACGAUGUGAAUGGGAUGGAUCUGUUCAUGGUAGAAGAGUUGUGGCUCUCUCCUCCGAUGACUUCCGAGUCCGAGCGAGCUGUUGUUCCCAGCCAUGUGCCUUCACAAUCUCCUGGCCCAUCCCGUGCUUUGCCUGGGGGUCCUGCUGCCACUCCUACUCUGCCAAAGUCUCCAAGUCACGGUGAGCAUCUACAAAUGAAAAAGAAAAAAUGUGCUGUGAAGCGGAAGAGGACAAUGGAGGGUGUUUAUGACCUGCAAUGCCAAGUUUUAGAACGGGAGAUGGAAAAGAACAAACUGGAGAUGGAGAAAACUAAGCUCCAGAUUGAUCUACUUAGAUCACUUAAUGCGGGGGUUGCACCUGGCGGACGGAGUGCCCUAGCGGAACUAUUCUCUUCUUUGAGUCGUUGA